AUGGUUCCAACCAAGGAAGAAGAAGCUAAGCUUACGGACCACAAAGGAAAAAUGAGCGAGUUGGGCUCCGCGGAAAAGUUAGUUAAAGCAAUGCUAGAAGUACCAUUCGCCUUCUCGAGAAUCGAGGCCAUGCUCUAUAGAGAAACCUUUCAAGACGAGAUCCUCCAUCUCCGAAAGUCGUUCUCCAUGCUCGAGGAGGCGUGCAAGGAGCUAAGGUCGAGCCGGCUCUUCUUGAAGCUUCUAGAAGCCGUGCUCAAAACCGGGAACAGAAUGAACGUCGGCACUAUAAGAGGAGGCGCAAAGGCAUUCAAGCUCGAUGCCCUUCUCAAGCUAGCCGACAUCAAGGGCAAAGAUGGAAAAACGACCCUUCUCCAUUUUGUGGUCCGUGAGAUCGUUCGGUCCGAAGGGUUAAGAGCUUCCGAAAGCAUCAUGGGCAAGAUCCACUUCACGGGCCCAUGCAAGGAAGAAGAAAGCUUCGUAGAAUUAAUGGGCCUUGAUCUUGUAUCGGGCCUAAGCGCCGAGCUAAGCAACGCCAAGAAAACGGCCACUAUUGACUUGGACGUUUUGGCUAGCUCGGUGGAGAAUCUAACGGACGGCAUGAAACAGGUUCGUGACCUCGUUCGAAAUUUGGAGGGUUGUAAGAAAACGGGUGGAGGAGAAGGGUUUGUGGGGUCCAUGUGGCGAUUCUUGAUUCGUGCGGAGGAUGAGUUGAGGGGAGUGAGGGAUGACGAGGCUCGGGUUUUUUCGCGCGUUCGGGAGAUUACGGAGUAUUUUCACGGGGACGUGAGUAGAGACGAGACGAACCCAUUGAGGAUUUUCGUGAUUGUGAGGGAUUUCUUGAGCUUGCUCGACAAUGUGUGUAAGGAGCACCAUAAGGCGUUUUGGGUAUUGAUAGUUGGAUUUGGGUUUGUUUGGGCUGUUCACCAAGUGCUACCAAAGCUAACCUCGGCAAUUUUGGGUAUUGAUAGUUGGAUUGGGUUUGCUGCUGUUCACCAAGUGCUACCAAUGCUAACCUCAGCCAUUGCCGCACGCAUCCAACACGACCGGCCCACCGCUGCCUUCGGCCCAUAA